UUAUAAAUAGCUAUUAAGUGUAACCCGUUUUCCGGAAUUAUACGGUUUUAUCAUUAUGAUUCUACGAUUAAUAAUACAUGAGUAUUCAUGAGCAUGCGCCAGGUCUUUUCAUCUUCCAUCUUGUUUUUGAGCAGACGGAAAAAUCAUUGCUGAGAAUACAAAUCCAGUAUCAUCGACAUUGUAUUGUAUUAAUCAAAGGAAUUUAUAAAAUGAGCACUGGAUUGUUAAGAGCGAGGACAUCGCGGAGAUCCAAGACAAAAUCGCCUUAUGUCAGACCCCCUGCAAGUACAACGGGGCCUUCGGCGCAACCAGCACGAGAGCCUGCACUUAUCCAGCAUGCCGGAAGUGGUAGCCAAGAUUUAUCGGCUAACUCCAGUGGCCUACAAGUCUCAUCCGAGGUCAAUUCCAUGGAUAGCACACUGCCUCAGCUGCAACAGACAUCUACGGCUCCAGCAACCACAAAUGUUGCUUAUCAGCCAGAUUCAAUCUGGAUUGUGGGUUCAUCCCUUAUUAAAAGAGCAGAACAAUUUGCAUUGAAUUCUCCAGAAUUUGGCACAGACCUUUCUUUGACAGGGGUAAAAGUUUUGUGGAAGGGAUUACCAGGGUUGAGUUUUUCCAAAUUCAACGAGGUUAUUUCGGACCUAUACUCUACAAAGCCACAUCCAAGGUUUCUUGUUAUUCAUGUAGGUGGUAAUGACAUUGCCAAACAUAAUAAUCCUUUAAGAAGACAACAAAAAUUUAUGAAAACUGUUAUCAACAAGUUGCGUUUGGUUAUGCCUUUGACUUGCAUUGUUUGGUCACAUAUUUUGCCCAGGGUAUAUUGGCGUCAUUCAUUUUCAAAUGUUGCUGCAGAGAAAUCAAGAUCUAGGAUUAAUAGUUCUAUUGCUAGCUUUGUUUUAAGGUCAAAUGGUGCUUCAAUUAAGUAUCCUGAUAUCAGAAUUGAUCAAAGAAAACUCUUUCUUAAUGAUGGAGUUCACUUAUCUCCCUUAGGUAAUCAAAUUUUCUUGUCAACAAUGCAGGCUGCUCUUAGGCAAUUCAGCUCUGGUAAUAACUUUGUUUAUCCAUCAAAGUGACUGUGCAUGAAUUUUGGGAAUAGGAAUUGUUGUGGCUUUAUGAUGUGAUGUGAUUUGUGAAUGAUGAAUGUUAACUGUGGUCAAAAUUCGGCCGCUAUGAUGGCGGUUGGAUUUCAUUAUGAUUGAAAUCCAAUUGGCGCAAUUUUGACAAGUAACCAUUUGCUGAGGGAUACUGUUUUCUCCAGGUCCCCCAGCUAUGAUAUGGUUUGUUUGAUAUUUGUGAAUGCUAUGCUGCCAAAAGCUUACCAGUUGUAAGAUCGGCGCAUAGGUUAUGAACAUGCCAGUUGCAUGUUAAAUGUGAAUGUUGAUUUGUAUGAACAUGCCAGUUGCAUGUUAAAUGUGAAUGUUGAUUUUUAAUAUAAAGCCAUGACAGUUCCGCCAAAACAAUUUGUGUUAUUCUUCCAGUUUCUAUCAGGUACAUUUAUGGGGUGUUUGCAUAAGGAAAUUUUGAAGUUUUGAUUAUCAACCUUUAUUAAACAGUUAUUGUUAGUAUUAGGAAUUUCGAAAUAAUCAGAUUUAUCCCUAAAAGAUAAAUAAAGUUAUUGAGAAUGACGUAUAUAUUGCUUUCUAUUGUGAAAUUAUAAAUAGCUAUUAAGUGUAACCCGUUUUCCGGAAUUAUACGGUUCUAUCAUUAUGAUUCUACGAUUAAUAAUACAUGAGUAUUCAUGAGCAUGCGCCAGGUCUUUUCAUCUUCCAUCUUGUUUUUGAGCAGACGGAAAAAUCCCCUCCCUUCCCUCCCUUAAAUUUUAUGGUUGGUUUGAAUAUUUUAAAUGUAGUUCAUGAAUUAUUUUGGUUCCCGUUUUCUGCGGUGUGUUUUCUUUCAAUUUCAGAAAUCGUAAUGGCUUUUAUGCUGAUGAAGAUUGCUAAGGACUUUGCUGUGUGAAUGUGACAAUUUCAGAAAUCGUCAUGGCUUACAUACUGAUGAAGAAUGCUAUGGACUUUGCUGUUUAAACGUGAUAAUACUGACAGUUAGUGUUUACGCAAUUUUGACAAGUAACCAUUUGCUGAGGGAUACUGUUUUCUCCAGGUCCCCCAGCUAUGAUAUGGUUUGUUUGAUAUUUGUGAAUGCUAUGCUGCCAAAAGCUUACCAGUUGUAAGAUCGGCGCAUAGGUUAUGAACAUGCCAGUUGCAUGUUAAAUGUGAAUGUUGAUUUGUAUGAACAUGCCAGUUGCAUGUUAAAUGUGAAUGUUGAUUUUUAAUAUAAAGCCAUGACAGUUCCGCCAAUACAAUUUGUGUUAUUCUUCCAGUUUCUAUCAGGUACAUUUAUGGGGUGUUUGCAUAAGGAAAUUUUGAAGUUUUGAUUAUCAACCUUUAUUAAACAGUUAUUGUUAGUAUUAGGAAUUUCG